UCUCACUCACUCGAAGAGUCAACAACCUCUUCUCUUCUCGCACUAUACUAUGCAUAAUUGCAUAUGGCAAAACAACAAAUCAGAAGUCACAACCACUUUGUUAAAUCCGUUUUCAUGUAUAUCCUAAACUCCCUUGAGAAUUUCGUUUUGUGCCAAUCUAAGAUCUAACCUCGUUAACUCCUUGUCCAUGACUGACAAGUGACACCUAUAAAGCUAUGAUGGAUGCUAAGUGCUAACGUGUACCAAAGUUCAAAACUUUGCUAGCUACCAAACCUCACUCACCCAUUUUGAUAAACCUUGAUAAUCCUCAGUUAUAGCUCACAACUCCAUCUUAUCAACCAAAAGUUUUCAUUCUGACCCUUUUUCUGAUUAAUGGCUUCCUCUGCUUUGGCAUUAGCAUCACCAUGCUGUUUCAGAAAACCCCACCAACGAAAGAUUUCACCUUUCAUUGCUCAUUCUCUAGUCUCAAAUGGCAAGGACUCUCUUCAAUUGAAAACCCUUCAAUCUUCCUCCCAUUUCAGACCCCCUCUUGCAAUUUCUCCUUUUUCAUUGACCCAAACUAGAGCUUUUUCUGAUAGGUGUUUGGAGACUGCUGAUGAAACUGAAAGGUUGAUGCUUUAUGAGGAAAAACCAGUUAAAUUUGCUCUCUGGGUUGUUUUCUGGGCCUCUUUGUCACUGGCUUGGUUUGCUUUUUCCAAGGAUGCUAAUGCUGCUGCUGCUGCUGACUCCAUUAAAGCCUCUGGCUUUGGUUUGAAGAUUGCCAACUCGUUGAGGAAAUUGGGCUUGCCUGAUGGGGUUGUGGUUUUCACCCUUGCCACUCUCCCUGUGCUUGAGCUUCGUGGGGCUAUACCUGUUGGCUACUGGUUGCAGCUCAGCCCUGCAACUCUAACGGUGUUAUCCAUUCUUGGGAACAUGGUCCCUGUGCCGUUCAUCAUACUCUACCUGAAAAGGUUUGCAUCUUACCUUGCUGCAAGGAACUCUUCUGCCUCACGUUUCCUUGAUGCGCUGUUUGAGAAUGCUAAAGAGAAGGCUGGACCAGUGGAGGAGUUUCAGUGGCUUGGUCUAAUGCUGUUCGUGUCUGUUCCCUUUCCUGGAACGGGGGCAUGGUCUGGAGCCAUUAUAGCAUCCAUUCUUGAUAUGCCAUUUUGGACUGCUGUAUCUGCAAAUUUCUUUGGUGUUGUAUUUGCUGGGCUGCUGGUAAAUUUGCUAGUGAACCUUGGUCUGAAGUAUGCUAUCAUAACCGGUAUCAUCCUUUUCUUUGUUUCUACAUUCAUGUGGAGCAUCCUUAGAAAUCUUAGAAAAGGUCUGAGCUCAUCAAAUUGAUGUGUCUUAUUUUCCUUUAUCAACGCAAAGACAAUUGUUAAUUAAAGCUUUCUUACGCAUUA